GUUACAGGGGUCUGCCAUUCCAAACAAUUCCAGAAAGAUUGCACAGGACUGGAUAAAUAAUUAAGGAAAGAGUGUUCUGAAUACCAGCCUAAAGUGGAAGAGCCUGAGGCUGAAGGUGCAGUAUACUGUUUACACUGAAGGGACUUGUGUGUGGACAAGAGGUGCUGGCAGCUCAAAUGGAUCCCAUGGAGCUGAGAAAUGUCAACAUUGAACCUGAUGACGAGAGCGUCAGUGGAGAAAGUGCUCAAGAUAGCUACACCGGGAUGGGUAAUUUAGAAAAGGCAGCAAUGAGCAGUCAAUUUACUAAUGAAGAUGCUGAAAGUCAGAAAUUCCUGACAAAUGGAUUUUUAGGGGAAAAGAAGCUGGCAGAUUAUGAUGAUGAACAUCAUCCUGGAACCACCUCCUUUGGAAUGUCUUCAUUCAACCUGAGUAAUGCCAUCAUGGGCAGUGGAAUCUUGGGGCUGUCCUAUGCCAUGGCCAACACGGGGAUCAUACUUUUUAUAACCCUGCUGCUUGCCGUGGCAAUAUUAUCCCUCUACUCAGUUCACCUUUUAUUAAAGACCGCCAAGGAAGGAGGAUCUUUAAUUUAUGAAAAACUAGGGGAAAAGGCAUUUGGAUGGCCUGGGAAAAUCGGAGCUUUUGUUUCCAUUACAAUGCAGAACAUUGGAGCAAUGUCCAGCUACCUCUUUAUCAUUAAAUAUGAACUACCUGAAGUAAUCAGAGCUUUCAUGGGACUUGAAGAAAAUACUGGAGAAUGGUACCUCAAUGGCAACUACCUCGUCAUAUUUGUGUCUCUUGGAAUCAUUCUUCCACUUUCUCUUCUUAAAAAUUUAGGUUACCUUGGUUAUACCAGUGGAUUUUCUCUUACCUGCAUGGUGUUUUUUGUCAGUGUGGUGAUUUACAAGAAAUUCCAAAUACCCUGCCCUCUGCCUGUUCUGGAUCACAAUGUUGGAAAUCUGACAUUCAACAAUACACUUCCAGUGCACAUGGUAAUGCUGCCUAACAACUCCGAGAGUAGUGGGGUGAACUUCAUGAUGGAUUACACCCACCAGAAUCCUGCAGGGCUAGAUGAGAACCAGGCCAAGGGCUCUCUUCAUGGCAGCGGAGUAGAGUACGAAGCACACAGUGAUGACAAGUGUCAACCCAAAUACUUUGUAUUCAACUCCCGGACGGCCUACGCGAUUCCUAUCCUAGCAUUUGCUUUUGUGUGCCAUCCAGAGGUCCUUCCCAUCUACAGUGAACUUAAAGAUCGGUCCCGGAGGAAGAUGCAGACAGUGUCCAAUAUUUCCAUCACGGGGAUGCUCGUCAUGUACCUGCUUGCUGCCCUCUUUGGCUACCUAACCUUCUAUGGAGAAGUUGAAGACGAAUUACUACACGCUUACAGCAAAGUCUACACAUUCGACACCCCUCUCCUCAUGGUACGCCUGGCGGUCCUUGUGGCUGUGACACUAACGGUACCCAUUGUCCUGUUCCCAAUUCGUACAUCAGUGACCACGCUCUUAUUUCCCAAAAGACCCUUCAGUUGGAUAAGACAUUUCUUGAUUGCAGCCAUACUCCUUGCACUGAAUAAUGUUUUGGUCAUCCUUGUGCCAACUAUAAAAUACAUCUUUGGAUUCAUAGGGGCUUCUUCGGCCACUAUGUUGAUCUUCAUUCUUCCAGCAGUGUUUUAUCUCAAACUUGUCAAGAAAGAACCACUUAGGUCGCCACAAAAGGUUGGGGCUUUAAUUUUCCUUGUGGUUGGAAUCAUCUUCAUGAUUGGAAGCAUGGCACUCAUUAUAAUUGACUGGAUUUACAAUCCCCCAAAUUCCAAGCAUCACUAACCCAAGGAAAAUACUUUUUCUAUUGGAAAUGGUUGCAAAUUAUGCUGCAAAAGACGUUUGAGUUCUAUUGAUUGGAAUGUUAUUCAUAGGAAAUAACAGGAAGAUUCCAAAGAUGUUUAUGGUAACAUCACCAGGCACCUACGGAAGAGAAAAAGCAUCAUUUGUGUCAAGAACAGCUGUUUAUAUGUUUAAAACCUGUGGUGUGCAUUGCUACCCAUGUUUUCCCAGAGCAGUAUAAGAGGAUGUAUUUUUGCUGUUGUGCAAACAGAAUAAGGGUAGCUGCAGGGAAUGGUCAUCAGAUAAGACCCUUCCCCCUUACCCCCAAAUUACCAAAUACUUGUAUUCUUGGAACAUCAAACAAAAAUGCCCUGGUGGCAAAGCUAUCUAACUGCUUAAUGCCUUCCCCCCAUCCAGCACCCAAUACUCUGGGUUAAUUGAAUAACAGAAGCAAAAGGCAGGUCUUAUGAACUGUCCCUGUAAGGUACAUAAAUGAUCAGAUAGCAGGCUAGAACAUCUCACUCUCACCAGUAAAGGAGUAUCUUGCCCAUUUUGUUUGUGACAUUGAAUUAGUGACUUCUUCAUUCAAUAGAUUUUUUGGUAAAUGUUAAAAAACAUCUGACUAAACACAGGCAUACCUCAUUUUAUUGUGCUUAGAAGAUAUUGAGGGUUUUUGGUUUUUUUUUUUUUUUUUUUACAAAUUGUUUCGCAGCAACCUUGCACGGAGCACCAUUUUUCCAACGGCAUCUGCUCCCUGUGUGUCUGUCACAUUUUGGUAAUUCUCACAGUAUUUCAAACUUUUUCAUUAUUAUAUUUGUGAUGGUGAUCUGUGAUCAGUGAUUAAGACUUGCUGAAAGCUCAGAUCUGGUUAGCAUUUUUUCGCAAUAAAGUAUUUUAAUUAAGGUAUGUACUUUUUUUUUUAGACAUAGGAUUGCACACUUCGUAGAUUAUAGUGUAAACAUAACUUUUGUAUGCACUGGGAAACCAAAAAAUCCAUUUGACUUGCUUUCUUGUAAUAUUUGCUUUAUUGCGGUGGUCCGGAACUGAACCUGCAAUCGCUGAGGUAUGCCUGCAUGGCUUAGGAUCUGUCCCUGUAAGGUACAUACAUGAAUGAUCAGACACCAGGCUAGAACACCUUAUUGUCAACAGUAAAGGAAUGUCUUGCCCAUUCUGUUUGUGACAUUAAAUGAGUGCCUUCUUUGUUCAAUAUUUUUUUUUUAUAAACGUUAAAACAUCUUGCUAAACAGAGAGAGGGGCUUUAUUGAAAUGAUAGAGCAACAACAAAAAUAAUGCUUAUUGCUAAACUGCCUGUUCUGGAAGCAUUUGCUUUUCAAUAUUAUUCCUAGUCCUCUUGUCAUGCUUUUGUCAUUGAACAAUGCUCUCCCUCUCGUCUUCCAUUGUCAUCCAGAAUUUUUAGAUAGACCACAAUUCGUGUGGAGCUACACUACCCAGUAUUGUUUGAUACAUUUUUAUUUGAUAAACAUUCAGUGCAGGAAACUGUGAUUGCUAUAUGUUUAUGUAUAUAAUCUUAUUCUGUAGUCCUCUGAACUUUAAUGUAUGGUACAUUUGAUUUUUAUUUUUUACAUGUGUAGUUUUCUCUCUUCACAGUCAAAAUGUUUAUACUAUUGAGGGUGGGGGCAGGGAAUUAAGUUGAUGGACUCAGAAAUCCAUUUGUACGUAUCUGUCUAUUGGGGAUAUUUUAAAUUUGAAACCUAAGUUAUAUAUAGUUCAGUAAUGCUCUCCAAUGUUUACAAUAAUAACACAAUCAUCCACAGGAAAAUAAGUUCCUUGUUUGCAAAUAAUUAUCAGUACCAAUGUUGUUCUUUUAACUUAGCAUGUCUACAAUAGGAUUUAGUUCAUUUUGGUUUGCACAGGAGUUUGCUGACAUUCAUUUGUCAUUUAACACAAUGUUAAAUGGCUCUCCAUAAAAAUAGAAGUGCUAACACUACAGAGAGAUGAAAACUAUUAUUCUUGCUCACUUCUGCAACACACUUACAUGAAAUGGAUUUAAAAAACUAGCACUCACUGCCUAGAAUUUCUGGAGUUUGCCACCUUUUUCCCCCCAAGUCAGUAGCAAGAACAUUUAUUUUAUAUUUUUUUUAUUUUAGUAAAGCCAAGUAUGAAAUACAAGUAUCAUAUCAGCAUAAUAUUAAAUCAUAUUUCAAUAGUUGCUUUGGAAUGUGCCUUAAUAUACAUUUGUUUUAUGUAUCAUUUUCUAAAGGCAUAAUAAUGUCAAAUGGUGCACUUUGUUAUGGAAAUUGAGCAUUACUAGAAACUAUCAUAACUUUUGAGUCAUUAUUAUAACUUGCCAAAGAGCAUCUUCAAGAUAGGUUUCCAUUUAUGUUCACCAAAAGAGAGUAUCAAAAUAGAAUGUGGAAAAAGGUACCUUCGGAGUAUUAAAACAAAAAGAAAAAAAGGUUUAAUCUGAAUGUAUUAAAAUGUAAAUAUCAAAGAUUAAUUCAAAAGAAUUGGGAAAGUAUAAAAUCUGUAUGUAUUUUGAAUGCUUUACAUCUUUGAAAUGACUAACUUGAAAAUAUCGACCUCUGUAAUUAUACAGAUAUUCAAGAGCAAUACUACCAUGCCAAAUGAUGAAGCAUCAUUUUUCUUCUCAUGGCCAUUUUCAGGAUUAGAGCUCACACAAACUGCAGGGCAGACUUACAUAUAUGGUAUCUUGUACCAGUUAAUUUAAUCCCAUUUAUGAACAGAUAAAAAUUUUAUUUUCUUAUUUCAUUUAUAAGAUGGUUCAAUGUACGGGGAGGCUUUUUUUUAUUACAGAAAGUGUAUAUUGGUAUAUAAUAAAUGAACUUUUCAAAUGAC